CUCUCCCUCUCUCUUGCUCAGCCUCUCCACUAUUCUCUCGGUUGCCGUGAAAGGCAGAACACACACAGGCGGCAGGAUGUCGAUCGUUAGCAUCGUUGCCAGGGAGAUCUUGGACUCCCGGGGAAACCCCACUGUGGAAGUGGACCUUAACACAGAGAAAGGUCUGUUCAGGGCUGCAGUGCCCAGUGGAGCAUCCACAGGGAUCUACGAGGCUCUCGAGCUACGAGAUGGAGAUAAGAGCCGCUACAAGGGCAAAGGUGUUUUGAAGGCAGUCGGGCACAUCAACGACACUUUGGGUCCCGCCCUUUUAGCCUCUGGCAUCAGCGUGGUGGAGCAGGAGCAGCUGGACAACAUGAUGAUCGAGAUGGACGGAACAGAAAACAAAUCUCAAUUUGGGGCCAACGCCAUCCUGGGGGUGUCUCUAGCCAUCUGUAAGGCCGGUGCUGCGGAGAAAGAGGUCCCCCUGUACCGCCACAUAGCCGACCUGGCUGGAAACACAGAGCUGGUGCUGCCGGUUCCUGCCUUCAAUGUGAUAAAUGGAGGUUCCCAUGCAGGUAACAAACUGGCCAUGCAGGAGUUUAUGGUUCUUCCUGUAGGAGCUGAGUCUUUCAAGGAGGCUUUGAGGAUAGGAUCGGAGCUGUACCACACGCUGAAGGGGGUGAUCCAGGAGAAAUACGGCCAGGAUGCAACCAAUGUGGGAGACGAGGGUGGGUUUGCUCCCAACAUCCUGGAGAACAGUGAGGCUCUGGAACUGCUGCAGACGGCCAUAGAGAAAGCUGGCUUCACAGACAAGGUGGUGGUCGGGAUGGACGUGGCUGCCUCCGAGUUUUACCGUGAUGGCAAAUACGACCUGGACUUCAAAUCCCCACCAGAUCCAGAGAGACACAUCUCAGGAGAGGAGCUGGCUGACAUCUACCAGGGCUUCGUCAACAACUACCCAGUGGUUUCCAUCGAGGACCCGUUCGACCAGGAUGACUGGAAAGCCUGGUCCCGUCUGACGGCCCAGGUGGGGAUCCAGGUGGUGGGGGACGACCUGACGGUGACCAACCCUAAGAGGAUAGAGAAAGCUGCUGAAGAGCGAGCCUGCAACUGCCUGCUGCUCAAAGUCAACCAGAUCGGCUCCGUCACUGAGGCCAUACAGGCGUGUAAACUGGCUCAGGCUAAUGGCUGGGGUGUGAUGGUCAGCCAUCGUUCAGGAGAGACAGAGGACACGUUCAUCGCUGACCUAGUGGUGGGACUCUGCACUGGACAGAUUAAGACCGGUGCCCCUUGCAGAUCUGAGAGGCUGGCCAAGUACAACCAACUCAUGAGGAUUGAGGAAGAGUUGGGCGACCAGGCUCGCUUCGCAGGCCAUAACUUCAGGAACCCCAGCGCCCUGUGAAACUGACAGACAGGAAUGACUCACACACACACACACACACACACACACACACACACACACACACACACACACACACACACACACACACACACACACACACACACACACACACACACACACACACACACACACACACACAAACUAACUAACUAACAUUGAGCCAUGUACAAUGAAAGAUCAUGAAGAUUCAUGAAAACACACGAGCAAAAGAGACAAGCAAAAAAAAAAACCCAUAAAAUGAAUUAUGCACUGGACUUUGGAUAGUUAAGGAUGGGAUGUGUAUGCAUACACACUCAUAGAGUAAGCAGAUGCAACAAACGCUCACGCACAUGCAGGGGAAUACCAUAGAAAUAUCUAAUUUAUAAGCCAGACAUGCACUGUUACUGUAGUUUUAAAGGAAUAGUUCAUGUACAGCCACAGGAUAGACCUGCAAAAAUAAAGAUUAUUGUUGUAAAAACAGAGGGAUAAAUAAGUAGAAAUAUAAUAAGUAGAAAUAUAAUAGAACUAUGUAGACUGAAAUGCAACUGAAAGAGAUGAAAAAAAUACAACUUUCAGCACCAAAAGAGGACGAUGCACCCGCAGAAAGAAACAGCAGUUUCAGGGACUGAGUGAAAAAAGAAGAAAACUACACAAACACGAGAACACUUACACACUCAGCUGCGUCACACUCUCACCUGGACACUGAAGUACCUGCACUCCACCCACUUCUGUCCUCAUCCCCUCUUUGUCUCCUCGUCGUGUCUGUUUCUCAGUUUCUAAAUCCCUCUUGUUCUUCCCGUCCUGAUGUGAUUCUGAUUAUUCGUCUUUAUGCUUGAAAUCCCGACUUUGUCCUAAAGAAGAAGAAAAGAAAAUCUAGACCCCUGAAUCCCUUCGUUCCUUCUGUUUCUCCUGAAUGUCUAUAGAAUAGAUGUGUUGAAAAAGAAGAAAGAAAAUUUUAAAAAGAACGCUUGUCAUUGAAAAUAAUGUGAAAAUAUGUUAAAUAAAAGAUGGUAAUUUACAAUUUCAA